AUGGCGAGGAACUCUGAAAUCUUCAAGCAAAAACUGGACUCAGUGCCAGAUCAAACAAGUUCAGAAGAACAAAUGGAGAACUGGUCAAACGAAACACACAUCCUGGAACAGAAAGAAGACGACUUUUGUGCCGAGUUCCAGUUUCAUCAGAAUUCUCAAAAAAAAUCAGAAUUUUUAAUCCAGGCAGAAGGUGAAGCACUGAAAAUUUCAGAUUUGCCAGUAACAAGUCAAAGAGGAGGCACCCCAAAUGACUGUAAUCCCAGUCCUGAAGAAUCAAGCAACGUAGAAAGAAAGGCUAAUAGGAUGCUUCCUGAAUUUGUUUCUUCAUGGAGUAAAGCUGCCAGUUUAGGUGGAAAAACAGAAACUGCAUUCCUUUUGAAAGAAUUGGACACUCUGAGGGAAAAAAAUAAAAAGCUUGAAGAUAAGCUUUCUGAAAAGGACAAGGAGCUGAAGACAAUAAAACUGGACUUAGAACUGCAAGAGAGAGCUACAGAAGCAAAGAUUGCAGAAAAGAUUGCAGCUCUAGUGGAGGAAGUUUAUUCUGCUCAACGGGAACGUGAUGAGGCUGUCAUGGCAAGGCUUAGGUUAGCCAAUGAAGAGAGAGAUGAAGCAUUUCUACGAGUCCAGCAUUUAGAAGAGUGUCUCAAAGAGCUAGAAAAUAUUAACCCUGAAGAAAAUGACAUGACAUUACAGGAAUUACUGAACAGAAUAAACAAUGCAGACACAGGAAUAGAUAUACUGAAGAACGGAGCUAUAAUUCUGAAUCAAAUACACAGGACCAAAGAACGUAAAAAGAAAAUAAUAGCUGAGGAAAUGAAUGCAGUAAUAGAACAACGGGAUGCUGCUUUGUACCAA